AAUCACGCGUUCGGCUUCUUCUUCGGCGGUUUCGACACCAUCGCCUCGCAAACCUCCAUAAUGGCGCAUCUGUUGGCCGAGAAUCCGGAUGUCCAGGAAAAGGUGCAGCAGGAAAUUGACGAGACUUUGAAAAAUAACAACGGAGAGCUGACCUACGACGCGAUCCACGAGAUGAAGUACCUUGACGCGGUGAUCAACGAAACCUUACGACUUUAUCCGAUCGCCGCGUUCAUAGACAGGAUGUGUGCCAAAGAUUUUGAACUGCCACCAGCGCGACCCGGCGACAAACCGUUCACCAUCAAGACAGGGAUGAACAUCUGGGUUCCCGUGACUGCGAUCCACCAGGACCCGAAGUACCACGAGAAUCCCUUGAAAUUCGACCCGGAUAGAUUCUACGAAAAUAAGACGAUCACCAAUUCGAGCGCGUUCCUGCCGUUCGGUCUUGGGCCGAGGAUGUGCAUCGGCAACCGUUUCGCGCUGACGGAGAUGAAAGUGCUGCUCUGUCACAUUCUCGCCAAGUGCAGCAUCAAGCUCGCGCCAAAAACGAUCACCCCGUUGCAGUUCGAGAAAGGCGUGUUUAACGUUACCGGGGAAAACGGAUUCUGGUUGGCCAUCGAGCCGAGGAAAAGUUCUUAUUGUUUCUCCACCGUUUCCGCCAGCGCUGUCUCCUGCAGUUGAACGUGGAAAUAUUACCUACAUUAUGCAUGUUGAUGUUAGAUACAAUUUCAACAUGGGCAAAUAAAGAUUUUGUUGCAAUUCUAUCCUUCCUAUCGUCAAACCACCGUUGUAACGCGCUUGGUAAAAAUGCGUUCAUUGGCGUGGAGCAGUUUCCGUAUCUUGCGUUUCAUUGAAAAUAGGAAGUUGUCGCAGAUACGAGCGGAUACAUUUAAUGAAACGACCGUUUGACACGUGCUCGACUCCAUCUGUAAAAUUCGAAAAACUCUCAACUUGUUGUUAGUAAAAAAAAAAAAAUAAUGAGAAAUUGUAUCUGUUUUCUAUGAGAGAUUGUUGCUUUUAUUCCGCGCGUGACACCUCGAAUUGUUGCGUCAUUAUGCAGAUAAACUAUCCGAUAUCUCUGAAGGUUAGAUGCAUCGAAAAUAGCCUCUGUAAUCUUUGACCCACAAAUCAAAGUGUUUACUUCGUAUCUAACGUAUAAACGGUGUUAAUUUAGAUGUUAUAACGAUGACAACUUUUCUGCUACAGUUUUAUCGUAAAUACACAGCGUGUAUCGUGGCCGCUUCGGCUAAAUUUAUUUCGUCGCAUAUGAUUUAAAUUGAAAGUCGAAAAGAUUUAAUUCGAUUUAGCUCCACAAUUUUGUAUCAUUGUUUACGACAUUAGCAAAGGAACAUUGUUAGUCGUGACAUUUUUUUUUUCUCACAAACUGUUUGUUAAAUAUUUAGCCAUUUAACAAAGAUUUAACAGAGUUACGAGAAAUAUUUUCAGUUUAAACAGAAACGUUCUCAUUUAUAUGUACGUGCGAGUAACCUUACGAGAUAAUAAUGAAGACAAGACGGAUAGCUGGGUAAUUUUAUAUAUAUGUAUGUAUAUAACAUCUGUAUUAAAAUAAAUAUACCUUGUCACUUAGGUUAAUCUCGAUCUAUCGCGGACGUAUCGUACAAUAAAGUAUAAAAUUUCAAAGAAAAGUCAGAAGAAUUACCUCGAGAAGAAAACGAUAAGAUAUUAUUCUAUUGAAAUAAUGACUUAUUUGCUGAGUGUGUCUUGUUUAUCUAGAUAUUAAAUUAUAAUUUGUAGUAUAAGCGAUGGUGAGGACAGCGAUAAUGAUAUUAUACACACAUAGAUAUAUAAAUAUGUAGAUAAAUAAAACUAUCAAGGAUAUUUUGCAGUUCAA